AUGGGCUUCAGAGGCAAGACUCUCGAGUCUGCCAUGCUGAUGCUGGUGGUCUUGCCGUCUUUCAUCUUGUUUGGAUACAAUCAGUCGGGAGUUGGCGGUCUGCUCAGCAUCGAGAGCUGGGUCGAUACGUUUCCAGAAAUCGAUACGAUUCACACGACCGACGCUGAGAAGGAGAGCAACAGCACCAUUCAGGGUACCAUCGUCGCAUCGUGUACUCUUGGCGCUCUGUUUGGCUCAUUGGCUUGCUCCUGGAUUGGAGACCCUCUCGGUCGACGCAAGACCGUCAUCAUAGCCGCAAUCCUGACAUUCGUCGGCGAAGUUCUCGAAUGCACCAGCUUCCACCUCGCGCACUUCACCAUCGGCCGCUUCAUCAUCGGACUUGGCGUUGGUGCUUUAAGCAGCACAGUCCCUGUAUGGCAAUCAGAGUGCUCGCAGGCGAAGAAUCGAGGAGCGCACGUUGUGAUUGAUGGACUGUUUAUCUGUGUGGGAUAUGUCUUGCAGGCGUGGAUCAACCUGGGCUGCUACCAGAUCUCGAUGGGUGAGGAUACAGGAGUUGCAUCCCUAGCAUGGCGCAUCCCGCUCGCGUUCCCGGCUCUGGUCUCUGCGGUAUUGAUUGGUUCUGUGUUCCUGUUUCCAGAGAGUCCGAGAUGGCUAGCUGGAAAAGGCAACAUCGCACAAGCCCGCCAGAACCUCUCUGUCCUCCGCAACCUGCCAGAAGAUAGCUUCGAAGUCACAAACGAGCUUGGAGUCAUCGAAUAUGCCUUGGAAGAAAACACCCGUGCCGCCAAGAAGCGCGACUUGUUCACCAUGGGAGAGAACAAGAUCUUCUACCGUUUCGCCCUUUGCCUGAUGCUGCAAUUCUUGCAACAAUGGUGCGGCUCGAACCUCAUCUCUUCGUACUCUACGACUAUCUUCGAAAACGGCCUCGGUUCGGACAGUCAAACGGCUCGCAUUCUAUCUGGAGGGUGUCUUACCUGGAAAUUUUUAUCCUCCUUCAUCGCCUUCUUCACAAUCGACAGGUUCGGUCGUCGAAAGCUCUUCAUGUAA